UGACAGUGGCGGUGGCUGUGGCAGCCGUGCUGAGUGUGUCAGUCCUGUUGGUAGCUGGAGACUCUAAGAACUAUAGCCAGGCUCAACUUCUUCGAAUCUCAAAUGUAACCCUGCAAGAUCUACACCAACUCAUGACUAUGGAGGACUCAGGAGAUUUAGAAAUGAUGGCAACAAAGUUAGAAACUACUGAUGUUUUGGUUCUCAAUGAUUCAGUGGCAUCCAUCAAAGAGGAGUUGAGCAGCAUGAACAUGACAUUUGACGUUCUAAUUGAAGAUCUUCAGAAAGCAAUCGUAAAAGAAAAAGAAACAUUGGUGGCCCCGAGCAACAAAAGUUUGUGUGAAGAAGGAUCAUGUUUGGAUUGGAAUAACUACUACAGACUUGCAGAUAUUUACAACUACAUGGACCACCUUCAAAUGUCAUACCCUGACAAAGUGUCAGUUGAAACAGUUGGAUUUUCUGCUGAGAACCGUCCAAUCAAACUUGUUAAGAUACAAACAGACACAAACACAACAAAUGCUAAAGCUGUCUGGGUCGACGGAGGGGUUCAUGCCAGAGAGUGGAUAUCUCCUGCUGCUGCCACAUACAUUCUCCAUGAGCUACUGACAAGCUUACAAGCCAAUGAAUCCACAUUCUCAGGCCUCAACUAUUACAUUCUACCGGUGAUGAACCCGGAUGGCUACGAGUAUACCCACACCAAUGACAGAUUCUGGAGGAAAAACAGAUCUACCAACAAUGCCUCUGACUGUAUUGGAACCGAUCUGAACCGCAACUGGGCCUACAACUGGGGAGGUAAGGAGUCAACAUCAGACCCGUGCUCUUCAAAUUAUCGAGGGGCUAAAGCAUUUUCUGAAUCAGAAACAGCCUCAGUGUCAUCCUACAUGUUGAACAGUACUUCUCAAAUUAUGGGCUAUUUGAGCCUGCACAGCUACGGACAAGCAAUAACGUUUCCUUGGGCUUACACCUAUCACCGUCCUGCAGACUUUAGAGAACUGUACAAUCUUGCUUACAACAUGACCUACAACAUCAGUGGAGCAUCUUAUAGAUAUGGAACUACAGCUGAAUUAUUUUACGUAGCAUCCGGAGGAUCCCAGGACUGGGCCAAGGCAACAGCCAACAUCACUUAUUCCUUCACCAUGGAGCUCAGAGACACCGGCCAGUUCAGUUUCUCUCUUCCUGCUACCAAGAUUUUGGAAACAUCGAAAGAUGCAUUUACGGCAUUUACAGUCCUCGCGCAAAAAAUAAGGGUUGUGGAUAGAUUAGAUAAUGCUGUGAUUGUUGAUUGUCCAUUAUACAAUGCCCACAUGGAGGCUGUGGCUGUGCUACUGGUGGGAACUCUAUUCUCAUGGCUCUGUGUCUACCUCUCUAUGCUGUCAGCUGCUGAUGUUCAAGGAAAUCCAAUGACAUGGGACCGAUAUUAUUCAUUGGAAGAUAUAGAAAAAUAUAUGGAAUAUUUAGCUGAUAAGCACGACUUCAUUUCUACCGUUGACAUUGGUCAGACACAUGAAGGACGAUCCAUCAAGGUGUUAAAGUUGGAAUGGGGGUCUAGAAAAAAUGCUUCUGUGCUUAUAGUUGGAGGAAUCCAUGCAAAUGAGCACAUAGGGCCAGCAGCCACAUUGUUCCUACUGAACCACAUUCUGGAGUCCAAAAUAAACAGGACUUCACAGGAUUUUCAAGAUGUGAACUAUUACUUUAUCGCAGUCGCCAACCCAGAUGGGUACAAAUACUCCUUUGAAACUGACAGAUCUUGGAGGAAGAACAGAGAACCCAUCUUAUUGAAAAACAACAAGACAGUCUACGGUGUGGACUUGAACCGCAACUGGAAAACUGGUUGGAAGAGACACAAGAGACCUUGGCAACCCGACUACAGCGGUCCCCAACCUUUCUCUGCUGCCGAGACCAAAGCCUUAGCCAACUUCAUACGGAAGAACAUAACUAACUUAAAUACAUUUGUGACGAUUCACAACUACGGCCAGUAUAUAAUAUAUCCUUGGACUCAUGUAACGGCGCCUAUUAGAGACUAUAAACACAUCCGCAAGUUGGCAGAAAAAAUGGCAUUUGCUAUCAAAGGACAAGGAGGACCGAUGUAUAAUGUGGGUUCAGGCGCCAAAAAACUUGCUAUAGUGCCAGGUACGCCAGAGAACUGGGUGCGGCGGGUGGUGGAGGUAAAGUAUGUAUUCUCUCUGAUUCUGAGGGACCAGGGCACUUACGGCUACGAGGUCCCACCGGAGCUGAUAUCUGUUGUGGCAGGAGAUGCUGUGGCUGCCGUUAACUCCCUUGUAACUCACAUGAAGUUCUCCCGGCGAGUACAGUCUGUCAGGUAGUCUGUGCUUCCAUCAAUAUAUUAAACUACUAAUCUUUAAAUUAAAA